CAGGGUGCACUUCGCUCUUGCCAUCUUGUCGAGUAGCGGUGGUGAGAGGAAAGAGAGGCAGUUAGCAUAUUAGCUCGCUGUGACUGCCACAGAAGUGAAGUGCAUAUCUGUCAGCUAGCCCUAGCAGCUCCUCAACGUGAAGUAUCCGCACAGCGAGAGGCUGAACUUUACAAGUUUAAGGAGCGUAUAUUCUCUAUAGCCCUCCUUUUGGACAUUGGAUGGACAAUAUCGGUUUGUUUACAUCAUGAUGUGGCACAUACUUGUACCAAGGUAAGGGGAAAUAACUAGCUAUCGUGGGCUAACUUAGCUGGUUAGCCGAACAUAUAUAUGCCUUGGCUGAAAAGGAGAGUGAGUUGAGAACAGGCCCGCCUGGGAUAAAAGUACUGGGAGCAGCUUGUGAUCCAGGAUUGCGACAGGGCCGUUCCUUCAACUCCAGAGCCGAGACUGUGUCCGAGGAGAAAGGCCAGCCGGGGUCUGGAAAGCCCCGGAGCCGAGACUCGAGUCUUGUCGCCGGUAGGUGUGGAAGUAUCCGAGCUGUACGGGGUGUAUCGAUCUAUCAUCUGCCAACGCCGGCAUACUUUAUCCACGUCGUAAGAGAGACCGAGGACGUGAACAUGUGGCCUACUUGUGUGUUUCAUAUUUUCCAACUGUGAAUUGCUCUGCGAUAAGUUAUUUUAAGUAGUUUUUUGUGUCUGGAGAUAGUCCACGUCGAUUCAGGUAGAUAUUCAACAUGUCGAAAAUGCCGGCAAAGAAGAAGAGCUGCUUCCAGAUCACGAGCGUGACCCAGGCUCAGGUUGCCGCCAGCAGCAUCACUGACGACACCGAGAGCCUGGAUGACCCGGACGAGUCCAGGACCGAGGACCUGUCUUCGGGGAUAUUUGACGGUUCUCGUGCCGACUUAGGGGUGUGUGACAGGAGUUCGUCGGAGGAAACCUUAAACAGCGUAGAAGCACACGAGAGUCAGCCUGCCUUAACAGGACCUGUCAACGGUGGCUUCUUUAUUAAAAGUAUUGUGACUGGUCAUGUCCCCUCCUCAGCCGUAGGAAGUGGGGUGCCCGUGGCGGCAACAAGUAAGCCCUCUGUUCUUAGCUCAUCCACCCAGUCGGCUACAGCGGUCACCACAGCCUCUCCUGCAGCUGUGCCUAGCGUGACUCAUACAGCCCCGGUGGCCACUAGCUCCAUAUCAACCGUGAGCUGUAGUUCCCGUUUUAGGGUCAUCAAACUCGACCAUGGUACAGGAGAGCCCUUUAGACGUGGCCGAUGGACGUGCACAGAGUUUUACGACCGUGAUUCUGAGGGUUCCAGCAUGAGCAGGACUGUUGACAGUAUAAAGCAAGCUGUGACCCUCGAUCACAGUAAGGACAGGGACAGCGGUUUCGGGGCCACUGGGAGCUCAGUGGUUGGCCCCAAUGCUGUCUCUACUCCGGAGACUGCUUCAGACAGCAGUGGGCAUCGGCAAAUCUCCCCAGUCUAUGGCCGAACCCCCCAGAUCGGGAGCGGAACAAGUGCCUUCCAACCCACGGGGCACUUGAACAUGACGCCCCAGCAGCAGGGCCAGGUGACUUUGCAGGCCGUUGCCGCUCAGAAUCUCCUCCCCGGUGUCCCCAACGGUGGCCCCCAAGAUGCCCUGUUGCAGAAAUCUCCCAUCAUGCCGCCUGUCACGCAGAACCACCAGGACGCAGCCUACUUUAACCAUCCCGCUAGCCUCUCAAACAGCCAGCAAGAGUAUUGCCAGCAGCACUUUGUCCCCCAAGGCUCAAGCACUCAGAACGCCCCCACGGCCUCGCACCCUGUGGGGCCUCUAGUCAGCCAGGGCCCCUCACCUGUCAUCACUUCAGCUGGCCCCACCGCCCAUGGAUCCCUGCUCCAGCCGGGCAGCGGGGGCCCCAUCGGUUCCACUCUUCCUGUCGGUGGCCUCCAGGAGGCCCAGUCCUUGGGGGGAGUGGGCGGCGCACCUGCACCUUCUGUCCCCGCCGCCGCCGCCUCUGCCACCCACAGCGGUGGCCUCUCCAACGUGCCUGCCACAGUGCCCAACAACACGCACACCCUGUCGGGCUUGCAUAGCCAGCCACUCUUCCCCGAAGGCCUUCCCCAGGGCUACCCCCCCAGCUUCAGCAGCCACGGAGCCGACGGCCGGAGGCAGUCGGACGCCCUACCUCAGCCCGCCGCCAGCGCCUUUCCAGGGAUGGACGGCGUGCGGCCUUUCAUCCCGGAGAGCCUCCGUCUGGUCACCCCCACCGUCAACAGCCUGUUUGGCAUCUCCAUCGCCAUGGAUGAAGACGAGGACAGUGCGUCUGGUGCCAGUUUAGUUGCCAUCGACAACAAGAUCGAACAGGCAAUGGACCUGGUCAAGAGCCACCUGAUGUACGCCGUCCGCGAGGAGGUGGAGGUGCUGAAGGAGCAGAUCAAGGAGCUGUACGAGCGGAACUCGAUGCUGGAGCGGGAGAACGCCGUGCUCAAGUCCCUGGCCAACACGGAGCAACUGGGCCAGCUGUCGAGCACGCAGAGUCCCGGCGGAGGCACCACCUCCCCCCCACAGCUGCAACACCUCCUGGGCGACAGCAACAACACCGCCCUCAACAACAACAACAACAACACCAACGCCAUGCAGCACGAAGGGGGUCCGAACAACCCCCAUCAGCCCAACGUCACCUCUGCGUGAUCCCGUUACCCACCCCUCGCCCGCCCGCCCGCCCCGCCGUUCCCGUGCACCCCUUGCAAAUUCCCGCCUUACUUAAGCAAGACGCAGCGCACCCAGCCGUGCCCUCCUCAGGCCGGAGUGCAGGCGGAGGACGUUGUCUGGAAGGAAGUAGAAAAGACCAUCAACCGCCGUCGUCCUCCCCGCUCCCUGAAGGGCGGCGGCCCCUCCCCGAGAGAGGGUCCGCUUCCGGGGGGCCCACGCCACGCCCCCUGAACGCACAGUCGAGCAUGGCCCCCUCCCUCCCCCCCCCCCCCCCCCCCCCCCCCCCCCCAUAAGUAUUGGUGAGCCCCCCUGCAGCAGAGCGCUGCCAGUGCAACGGAGAAAGGAGCAGCGACAACAACGUGAGCAGCAGCAGCAGCAGUGAGGUUCAGCCUGUUGUGGCAGGAGAAGAGGGGCUGAUGGAGGGGUGUGGAGGCCCUGGGGGGGUGGCUUGGUUUGUCUCACGGCGGAGGGUGGGAUCUGCUGCCAGCGGGCGCUCGACGCGGUGAGAGACGGGACUCCUCCUCUCGACAAAACAUCUCAAGGGGAGCCCCCCGGACUGUGUCUCUGUCUCUCUCUCUCUCUCUCUCUCUCUCUCUCUCUCUCUCUCUCUCUCUCUCUCUCUCUCUCUCUCUCUCUCUCUCUCUCUCUCUCUGUCUCUGUCUCUGUCUCUGUCUCUGUCUCUCUGUCUCUCUGUCUCUCUCUCUCUGCGCGCUCCUCCUCCGCCCAGAGCGAUCUUCACAGAGGCCAGGAGUGGGCAGGCUCGCCCGGAAGGGGGAGGAGCUAGUGGGCGUUUUUUGUUUUUUUUUGCCAAGAAGCACCACACUCUUUAAAAUGGGUUACUAUAUGUUCAAUAGUUCAGUUUUACUAUUUGCAUUUAUUUAUUUCAGGGCUGCUAUUUCCAUAAUGUAAACGAACAAUGUCACCGAAAACACUUCUUUUGGUAGACAAAAAUGACAAAUACAAUGUGAUCCUUUUGGUAUGGCAGACUUUCAAUUGGUAGUCCAUUGAAACAAGUAGACCCCAAGUAGGCAAUAAGUUCUGUAUUGAAGACAUUUUCCUUGCGAAAUAGUGCUAACACUAAAUACCAAUAUUAAAAGAUAUUAAUUCCAGGUUGAAUGUACAUUUUGUAAAGUGUAAAGUAUUAAAAAGGCUUGUACAGGAGAAUGCCUGUUCUUGAGAUAAGAAAUCUGUGAUGGGAUGUAUCCGCAAAGAAAGCUUACUUUUAUGAUAGUUUCUUUGUUUGACAACAGGGUAAAACUAGAAACGAUGAAUGACAUGCCAUAUAUUUCUCCCGACUUUUUAUGAUUCUACUCGUGCAGUUUCUGUGGGGCUGGAAGUGGGAGGUGGAGCUGACAAGCUGUGAAAAUGUAUUGACCUACUUUAUAACCAAAGAUGCAAAGCUGUGUAAGUCCUUUUAUUCCCCCUCCCUUUAUUUUUUUUUUUGCUGCACACAUUAUGUUUAUUUUCUACUCCUCUUUUCCCCCCUUUCACUCGAUUCUGUGGCUGUUUGGCACGUCGCGCUGUCGCUGGCUGGACGGUGUCAUGGAUCGGACCACUCUCUUACCUCAUGUUUCUAUCCAGCACCCUUUAGUUUGAUCUCAUGAUGUCAGUCAGUCAACAGCGGAGAAAGGUUACAAGGAUGGAAAAUGGAAUGGAGGUAGAAGGAGAUGGGAGGGGGGAAGGAGAGGAAAAAAGGGGCUGGUGAAAAGAUGACCGCUGAAGGAAAAGUCAGAACGACACCUUUCCUCCGCUGUUGAUGUAAAAGCUGUUUUGACCUUCAUACGGACAAUAAAGGGUUUAGUGAACAGACGUUAUCGUACGUUACCUACACUUAAAUUCUGAUUGUAGUCAACCAACGCAUAACUUACUAAAAACACCCCUCCCUUUAGAAUAAACCAACACACGACAAACCAAUUCAACAUCGUCAUUUUCUGAAAGGAAAGCCGUUAACCGCGGUUGGUCUCAUCACCCGGGCAGCGUGAAUCUGGGCCGAGUGAUGGGAUGUCAUGUGUGCGCUUCAUGUUUUCUUGUGCCUCCCGGUGAACCGUCCGCUUCUAGCAGGCGAGCUUGUUUCUUCUCUCAUUUGUGGCUUUGAACCAAACCAAAUAGGGCCGGUCAUUUGUACAAUCAGACCAUCUUUCCGCCGCACACACUUAAACAAGCUCCCUUUUUUCUGUGUGGGUUAUUCGGUUUGGUUUUUCCUUUUUUGGGGUGGGGGGUGGGGGGAGGAGUGGAGGUUCACAUGCCAAGUGUAUUGUGUGAAAGUGAUCACUGAGCCUUGGGGAAAGUUCUAUGAUGCCCUUGUAAUGUGCUUGUCGGACAAUUUUAGUUUAAAGUCAAAUAAAUAACUGUUUUAUUAAGAA